GAAACCCCUCUGCUAAAUCUGCAACCACUUCUAUAUUUCCACACCCAAGAAAAAUGGCUUUCUCUUCUCUUCUUCUUGUUGCCCUGUUUUCCAUUCUUCUCACCAAUGCUGCUGCCCACCCUAGGCACCAAGCCCCUAAGCACUUUGCUUCACAUAAUUACAAAGAUGCCCUCACAAAAUCUAUUCUUUACUUUGAAGGACAAAGGUCUGGAAAGCUUCCUUCCAACCAAAGAGUUACAUGGAGGAAAGACUCUGGCCUCUCUGAUGGCUCAGCUAUGCAUGUUGAUUUAGUAGGAGGAUACUAUGAUGCAGGGGAUAAUGUGAAGUUUGGUUUUCCAAUGGCCUUUACUACAACUAUGUUGUCAUGGAGUGUGAUUGAGUUUGGUGGGCUAAUGAAAAGUGAACUACAAAAUGCUAGAGAAGCCAUUAAGUGGUCUACUGAUUACCUUCUCAAAGCCACUGCCCAGCCAGAUACCAUUUAUGUUCAGGUGGGUGAUGCAAACAAAGACCAUGCUUGUUGGGAAAGACCAGAAGACAUGGACACUCCAAGAACAGUGGUCAAGAUUGACAAAAAUAACCCUGGUACUGAAGUAGCUGCUGAAACUGCUGCAGCUCUUGCUGCUGCUUCUUUGGUCUUUAGGAGAACUGACAGAACUUACUCUAAGUUUCUUGCAACAAGGGCUAUCAGGGUUUUUGAAUUUGCUAACAAAUACAGAGGUGCCUACAGCAAUACACUCAAAAAAUUUGUCUGCCCCUUUUACUGUGAUUUCUCUGGAUAUCAGGAUGAGCUUUUGUGGGGUGCUGCUUGGUUGCACAAAGCCACGAAAAACCCAAUGUACCUGAACUAUAUUCAACAAAAUGGACUGACUUUAGGAGCUGAUGAAGGUGACAAUACAUUUGGGUGGGAUAACAAGCAUGUUGGAGCUAGAAUUCUUCUCUCCAAGGCAUUUCUUGUCCAGAAAGUUCAGUCACUCCAUGAUUACAAGGGUCAAUCAGAUAAUUUCAUAUGUUCCCUGAUUCCUCAGUCCCAGUAUACUCCAGGUGGCCUUCUAUUUAAAAUGGAUGAUAGUAACAUGCAGUAUGUUACUUCAACAUCUUUCCUCCUUGUAACCUAUGCCAAGUACUUGACCACUUCUCAGAAGGUAGUUAACUGUGGUGGAUCCAUUGUCACACCCAGGAAGCUUCGAGCCCUUGCUAAAAAACAGGUGGACUAUCUGCUAGGUGACAAUCCAUUGAAGAUGUCUUAUAUGGUAGGCUAUGGUCCACGAUACCCUCAAAGAAUUCACCACAGGGGAUCAUCUCUACCGUCCAUUGCCUCACACCCAUCAAAGAUCCAGUGCACAGCAGGCUUCAGUGUGAUGAAAUCCCAGUCACCAAAUCCAAACAUCCAUAUUGGUGCAGUGGUAGGUGGGCCAGAUGGGAAAGACAGGUUCCCAGACCAACGGUCGGAUUACUUCCAGUCUGAACCAGCAACAUAUAUCAAUGCACCCCUGGUUGGCUCAUUGGCUUAUCUGGCUCACUCUUUUGGUCAACUUUAGUAUGAGCCCUCUCAGCUAAUUCAAAGAAGCUGGUUUAUUUAAAGUGAUCAUUUACAUAAUUUAUUUCAUCUCAAGUAGUUGUAACAUUAGAAGUAUUGUUAUUAAUGUUGGGGCAAGAGAAGGGUUAAAAAAAGGCUCGAGCUUAGAACCUAGGGGUGCAUUUGUCAAGGUGAUGCAUACACAUUGCCUUGUGAAUCUAGUUAUACAGAGAAAUGCAUAGAUUAUUAGCUGUGUAUUAGUGUAUUCUGUUUGUGUGUGAAUCGGAUGGAGCUGUGUAACUGUGACUUUUGUGACUAAAACAGUCGAAUCUGGUUGUUUUAACAAGAAAUUCCAAGCAAA